AUGGGCUCAAAUAUGGCUCAGCAUCUCAUGAAUAAAGGCCACCAAUUAGUGGUUUACGAUGUCUUUCCAGAAGCAAUGACAGCGCUGGCAGAUAAGGGCGCUCUCAUAGCACAGUCACCGGCAGAUUUGGCCCAAAGAUGUGACCGAAUCAUAUCAAUGCUGCCGACGUGUUCUCACGUCAGACAAGUGUAUUGUGGAGACAAUGGAGUGUUGAGUGGAGUAAAGACGGGAACCCUUCUGAUCGACUCGAGUACUAUCGAUCCCAACACUUCUCAAGAGGUGUGUCGCGCAUCGCAAGCAAAGGGCGCCGUCUUUCUGGACGCACCCGUUUCGGGCGCAGUGCCGGCCGCCAGAGCGGCGACCCUUACGUUUAUGGUUGGGGGCAAUGCGGCAGAAGUGGAGGCCAUUAAGGAGUUGUUGCUAUGUAUGGGUAAAAACGUGAUACAUUGCGGUGCUGUGGGAUCGGGUGCUGCGGCCAAGAUAUGCAACAACAUGAUGCUGGCCAUCGGAAUGGUGGGCACGAGUGAGACACUCAAUUUGGCCAAAAGACUUGGUCUCGACCCCAAACUCAUGACUCAAAUAUUGAACGUCAGUUCUGGUCGUUCGUGGACUUCAGAGGUGUAUAACCCGGUGCCGGGUAUUGGAGAGAAUCUUCCGGCGGGAAAUGACUAUAAGGGAGGGUUUAUGACUCAACUCAUAGCUAAGGAUUUAGGUUUAGCGCAAUCAGCGGCCACUCGAGUCAAUGCUCCGACGCCUUUAGGAACUCUAUCUCAUCAGUUGUAUCGGUUAAUGAAGAACAACGGUUACGCCACUAAAGACUUCUCAAGUGUUUAUAAGUUUAUACAAGAAUUAGAGGACAAAAAAUAA